AUGGCUUCUAUCAACCACGUUGACAUCUCAAACAUGUGUGCAAAUCUUACUCUUGCUGAUGUUGAUGAGGAGGAUGUAUCCAUGCAACUUCCUAACGUUCAGAUCAACGAUGUCUCUGAGGAAGUAAGUUAUUAUGCAGUAGGAAGAGUUGUAACCAACAAACCGAUAAAGUUCCUGUUCUUUCAAGACACCAUGGCUAUGGUGUGGCAGCCGGCAAUGGGAGUGACGAUGCGACAACUUCAACCACAACGUUUUUUGAUCUGUUUUUAUCAUGAAACUGAUCUAGCUAGAAUAUUGGGUGAUGGACCAUGGUCAUACGAACAAAAUCUUCUGAUCUUGCAUAAGCUUCAACCGGGAGACGAUCCUGAAACCAUACCAAUAAACCAUACUGAGUUCUGGAUUCAGAUCCACUCCCUGCCUUUUGGACUUAUAUCUGCUAUGGUUGUUUCGGCCAUAGGAGGUUAUCUAGGGACACUUAUUCAGACUGAUGAGAGGAACUUUGAUGGUUCCAUGAGAACUUAUUACCGGGUGCGGGUGGCUAUUGAUGUUACUAAACCCUUGAAAAAACAGAUGAAAUUGAAAAAAGAUAACGGGACGUGGGCUGUUGUUGAUUUCCGAUAUGAGAGGUUGCCGACUUUCUGCUUUAUAUGUGGCAUCAUUGGACAUGGAGACAGAGUCUGCCCAAAGAUUGUUCAAGGGAUUGAUGUUAAAGCUGAGAAACCAUUCGGAAUAUGGCUCCGAGCGGGAUAG